UCCAUCGCCUACCGGUCUGUCCCUCCUCCACCAACAUCCUGCUGCCGCUGUCAGUACCGCACGCACAUACGCACGCAACCAACGUGAGAGGUCCCUCGAGCCGGCCGAAUCUCCGAACCGCCGCCGCCGCCGCUGCCAUCAGUCAUCCACGUCAGGAACCGACCUCGUGACGACGAGGUCUUUACUGCAUCUCUACCCGUCCCUAGUCCUACGCAUUCCUCUUCUCAAUUAAUAGCGACUGCGACGACGACAGCAGCCACGAUGGCUGCCGACUACGAAUAUGUCAAGCGAAUGACCCCCGAGGGGUACACAUUUCCCACGCACCGGCUCAAGCGCACAUGCGAGGCCGGUCGGACGCCCCUCGUGCUCGUCGCAUGCGGUUCUUUUUCGCCUAUCACGUACCUCCAUUUGCGCAUGUUUCCCAUGGCUCGCGAUCACGCCCGCAAUGAAGGCUUCGAUGUGAUCGGCGGAUAUCUCUCAGUCGUGUCUGACGCUUACAAAAAGAAGGGCCUCGCACCCGCGCACCACCGCAUCCGCAUGUGCGAGCUGGGCACAGAGCACGGUUCGAAAUGGCUCAUGGUUGACCCGUGGGAGGGCGAGUCGCCCACCUACAUCCCGACCGCGCACGUCCUUGAUCACUUUGACUACGAGAUCAACGAAGUGAUGGGCGGCGUGGAGUGCGAGGAUGGCACGCGCAAAAAGGCCAAGAUUGUGCUCCUCGCGGGGGCAGACCUGAUCCAGACUCUCAGCACUCCCGACCUCUGGGCCCCCAAGGACAUUGACCACAUCCUGGGCACCUACGGCGUGUUCGUGCUGGAGCGCACCGGCACAGAGCUGGACUCGGCGUUGGCGAGCCUGCGCGCCUACGAGAAGAACAUCCAUGUCAUUCGCCAGGUGGUGACGAAUGACAUUAGCAGCACCAAAGUACGACUACUGCUGAAGCGAGACAUGAGCAUAGACUAUUUGAUCCCCGACGAGAUCGUGAGCUACAUCUACGAGCACAAUCUAUACCGGGACCUUGAGCAAUCAAAUGACGGCGACAAGGGCAAAUCAAGACAAGAGGCGGUCGCCAGCUCAAGCAAGGGCUGAGUCGCCCCAUCCAGACGUACAUGAAGACUUACAACACACUGGCGUCAAUUGCUGCGCGAAACAAAGAAAAAACACGCGCCAUAAA